GAGGAUGACGUAACGUAUGUGAUAUUUAUUGUUUUAAGAAUGGCGUGUCUGUAUUUAUGUACACUUUUAUAUGUCUAAUAAUAAUUAUAUUUAUAGAUAUUUAAAGUGCCAAUCGAAGAUAUACUCAUUAUCGACAUAGAUGGAUGUCGUGAUUGCGAUCGUCUAGACUUAAUCGGCUGCAAAAGAUGAUAACGCGGCAAGAACUCUUUUAUUCAUCGGUGACUAAUUAAUCCCGUUGAUUACUAAUUAUGCGAUGAAGUAAUUUUGAGAAAAUACAAAUAGAAUCUCAGUUACUGAAAUCAUUGUCCUCAUAAAAGAGGAAUCAUGAGAUUGUUGGCACUCAGGAUUAAAGAAGAUCAGCUCUUUUCAAUUCGAUCUGAUUCAAUUGUCGUAUUGUUGAUUUCUUUGAAAUGAUGCUGAAGAGAAACGCGCGGAAGCUCUUCGGAAUCGGAAUGAGAUACGUCGAACCGACGAAUGGACACGAUGUUUCCUCGUGGGUGACAGUAGUCUCGUCAUUCACCACUUUCGGUGGCCGCGACCCUAACUGCUUCGGGUACGACGCGAUAUUUAGACGAAUAUGGGCCAAUAGCAAAGGAACGCGCAGGGUCGACGUAAUAAAUAAAGACUUCUUGAAGAGGUUUGAUCUGUUUUUUCGCGUCGGCCCUGCGGAAGCGAUUGGCGCUCAUCGAGACACCCGGGAUGCCUUAAUUAGAACAAGUAAGGUUCAAGCGAAAACUAUAAUUAAUUGCAACUCUAUUGACAUCUGCCAAAUCGACACAGCAGGUAGAUAUAUGUGUGCUCGUAAAGCACCUCUUCCGUUGGUCCAUUGAUGUCCAUCUCGCUGGAUUUUCAGAUCAUGAUCGGAACUAUCUGACGACGUUUCGUCUCUCUUCAGAAUCUUUGUAUCUCAUUGCAACCUCGGACUCAUAUUUCCGGCCACGAUACAGAAUUCCCCUCCUCUCUCCGUCUACCUUUCCCCCUUGGCAACUCAUCAAUGAUAGUGCAUCCCUUCGAGUAUUUAACACCGUCGGCGACAUUAACGGCAAUGGUGACAAUGAAUAUUGA